AUAUUUAACGUCAAGAGAACUGGCAUUUGUGACAUCUGACAUUAGCAGUACAGUCAGUCAGUGUUGACAACAACGAGAAUUUCUGCCUUUGCUAACACUACGUUCCAAUAUACGCAAACAUACAAUGGAAGGUCAGUUUCAAAUAUUAUUCGACAAAAUGAAAAUUGAGAUGCAAAAUCAAACAGCUGAAUUAAAGGAUUCAUUAACAAAAAGUAUUAUGGAUAAAAUAGAAGAGAAAUUAAUUCCUUUAGUUGAAGAAAAUAAAAAUCUAAAAAUAAAAGUAGAAAAAUUAGAAAAAGAAAUAGAAUCCCUGAAAAGAGGGGAGAAAAAUAAUAAUAUUAUAGUAUUUGGCGUAGAAGAAAAAGAAUCGUCAACGUCUGAAUUACUACAAGAAAUAAAGAAGAACCUGAAACAUGAUCUAAAUAUUAGUAUAGAAGACUACGAAAUCAACAAAAUCUAUCGUUUAGGAACUAAGAUUAGAGAAAGCAAUAAGCCGAGGCCCGUACUAUGUUCAUUUAUAAACAACUGGAGAAAGAUCGAAAUUAUUAAAAAUAAAAGAAACUUGAAGACUAUUAAUAUUAGUGAAGAUUACUCAAAAGAAGUUUUAGAAAAAAGAAAAAUGUUACAAGCGGAACUAGCUGAAGAGAGAAAAAAAGGCAAUAUAGCAUUUCUGAAAUAUGACCAACUAAUAGUAAAAAAGAACAUCAACAACCAAGAUAAAAGGAAGAGGGAAUCUUCUACUUCACCUUCCGUUUACAACAGCCACUCCAAAAAACAACAGAUUGUUUCCUCAGUUAAGUCGAACAGAACAAAUGCCUUUGAUAUGUUGCGGUCUAGAUCCAACUCCCUUACUAACGUAUCUACCACCAAAAAACAAUAACAAUUAAUAAUCGGCAAACGGAAACCAAAUCUAAUCGAAGAAACUAACAAAGAAAUAAGAACACACCAAUCUCCCCCAAGCCGACUGGUCCUCGUGGGGGAAAGAGACCACAACCCUCCAAUAACAAAAAAAACAAUAAUCAAUAACAACAAUAACAGUAAAGAAAGUCGUAAAAAUAAAAUAUACAUAGCAGCCCUCAAUGUACUCACGCUAAAAAAUGAAGAAAAUAUUACAGAACUAAUGUAUGCGCUAAAAGACAUCAAAUGGGACAUUGUUGGUCUCAGUGAAGUGAGAAGAGUCGGUGAAAAUAUCAUAUCUUAUCCAGACUACCUAUUUUGUCAUAAAGGCGAGACCCCAGGCCUUCAUGGGGUUGGAUUCAUUGUUAAAAAUAGUUUAAUUAAUUACGUGGAAGAAUUUAUAGGUAUUUCGGAACGUAUUGCAAUAUUGAAUCUGAAAUUACCUGAAUAUAAGAACCCCUGGUCUAUUGUACAAAUAUACUCUCCAACUGAACAAUCUGAUCAAGAAACUAUAAAUAAAUUCUACUUUAAU